AUGUUAUCUUAAAUGAGGUAAGAGGGAGGUUUAAAAAGUGUUAAAUAUGUUAAAAAGAGUUUACCAUCUUUCAUAAGGAACAUCAAUGCAAAAGGUUCAUAUUAUAAUCUCAACAUUAGGUGUCGAAGAGCUGUUUGUCAGAAUUGUGCUAAUUUUCAUGGACCUGUUCUAGGUGAUGCUGGGUACUCCAAAUAAACCCAUAGAAUUUGCAAUACUUGCAAAGAGGAAAGCGAAUCCAUAAAAAAGUUUAUUGAGUAAUACAAAUUAAGUAUAGGAAAAGAUACUUUCUCGCUUGAAUGGCUUAAAUCAUCAGGUUUAACCAUAGAUUUAGCUAAAAAGGAAUAUGAUUUUGCUCAAAAAGAAAAUGAUCGAGCUAAAGAUAAGGGAGAGUUUUUAAAAAUGAAGUAGGAGUUACAAUAAGUCAUGGUUGACUUUUGGAUUAAUCUAAAUUACUCAUUGAGAGAAUUUCUGUUUAAUGUUAUGAAGGAGAAUGAAUUAGAAUAAUUACAAUAACAAGUUUGUAAGGUCUUAGGAGCAGUUUUGUUAUAAUACCCAGAAAUAGGGUAUAGCCCAGACUAAGUGUUGAUAACAAUAUUCCUUUUGUGUUUCUGCUCUGAAGCAUCAACCUACACAAUUUUGACUAUACUAUACUCUGACAUCAUUCCUUCAUAUUUGUACCCAUUGAAUUUAAGAAAGACACCCUACGAUUAUCAACAUGAAACAGAUUAGGUUCUAUAAGUGCUAGAACAAGGGUUUAAAAUCAAAUAAUAGGAAGUAUAGAUUAUCAAACCAUUUGUCAGAUCUAGAAUCGUAAGAUAUGUUAUGACUUUGGGAAUCAACUUUUAUAUGUUUUAGACAUCCUUCUUUAUGAUGUCUCUAAUCUUAGGGUUUCCAAAGUCUGGAUAUGACAACUUUAUCAAAAGUUUGGCGGUUAGCUUUUAUCAAUAAUUUGAAGAUAUCAAAACAUUUGUAAAUGCUCAGGAUGAUGCUGAGGCAUAGAUUCUAAGAAAUGUGAAAUCAACAUAAUGUGAGAAGGACUUUACAAUGACAAAGGUGAUAAUAUUUUUGCCUCAGAAAAGAGUGACUUAAAGUGUAGUCAUAUAGAGAUCAAGUGAUAAAAAACUAUCAAAUUAGAUAUAGCCAGAGCAUAACAGGGAUAUAAGGGUUGAAAUUUCAAUUAAAGGUAACCAAAAUUUGUCUGAGAACGCAGUAAGUUCAGAGAAAAACAUUUAGGAUUAAAGAAAAAAGUCAAUUGAAGUAAAAGCCAACCCUGAAGCUGAUGAGGAAAAAGCAAAUUUAAAAUAAUAUAUUGAGAAAAUUGAAGAAACAUUAAUGACAAAGCAUAAAUUGGUGACUGAAUUAUAAAAUAGAAUCAAAGAGUUAUAAAAUUAACCUCCAUAAAUUGCUAAUAAUGCAGAUGUAGAUAAAAAACUCUUAGAGGCUAAUGAAUAAUUAAGAAAAAGAAUUUCAGAAUAUGACACUUAAAUCUCAUAAUUAGAAGAGUAAAAUAAAUAUUCCAACAAACUUCAAGAGGAUGCUCAAGAGAUGGUAACUUCAAUACAAAAAUCAAACAAAGAAUUAGAGUAAUAACUUGAGACAUCUUUAAGAACAAAUAAAGAUUUGUAUCUUUAGAUAAAGGAUUUGAAAAAUUAAAGUUCUCAACAACUCUAACCUCCAUCUCCAUUAACACCAUCAAGAGAAAAAAACUAUUAAAUAAACAUAGCUUUGAUUUAAAAAAAGAAUGAAGAAAAAUUAUAAUCAUAAAUAGAUGAACAAUAACAAAAAAUAGUGUAAUUAGAAUUAUCAAUGAAUUAAUUGAACAAAGAGUUACUAGGACUAUAACAAUUAAAUUAAGACAAGCUCAAAAUUAUUGGAAAUUUAGAAGUUAGAUUGAUUGAAUUGGAUUCGACAAAAAGAGAAAAUGAAAAACUUAUUCUUGAAAUAGCAGCUCUCUUUAAAAAGAUUGAACAUCAUGAAUUAGUGAUAAUUUAAUAACAAGAAGAACUUGAUAAUUUGAAAGCUAAAUAUGAUUAAUUAUUUAAACAACAUGAGAUCUAAAGCGAGGAGUUGGAUUAGGUAAGAAUUGAAAAAAGGUAAAAUUUAGAGGAUUAUGAAAGAAAAGAGAAUGAAUUACUUUUAAUCAUUGAAGACUUAAAAAAUAGAUUGGCAGAAAUUUCUAAAUAAUAUUAAACUACUUCAGAUCAAUUAAAUCAAUCUUUAGACCACAAUAACUAAAUGUAGAAUUUGGUCAAAGAAAAAGAUGAGACAAUUAAACUACUUGAGACAGGCAUUGCGAAAGGAGUUAAGAAAAUAGCUGAAAUAGAAGCCAACCAUCAAAAAUAAAGGGAAGAUGAUAAGAAGACUAUUGAUGAAUUGAAAUAAAUCAUCGAUCAAAAUAAUAAAAAAAUCAAAGAUCUUGAAGAUAGUUUAGCAGAAAAGGAUGCAAAACUUGAGGAACACAAGAAGGAAUUUAAGGCACUUAAAGUCAUAUUUGUAGCUUUAGAGGAGAAAUGGACAAAAUUAGACAAUAACCAUAAAGAUUUAAGUGGUAAACAUGAAAAGUUGAUUGCUGAAUGUGAAGAAUGGAAAAAGAAAUUUAAUGAUCUUGAUGGCCAACAUAAAGGAUUAAAUGAAAAAUAUAGAUUAAUUGUUAUAGAAUACGAAAAAGUGAAAGGAAAUACAAAUGAUAAACUGAAUGAAAUAAAAUCUCAAAAUGAGGAUCUCCAAAGAAAACUGAAGGCAUUGGAGGACAAACAUUAAUUAUUGUAAAAUUAGCAUCAAGCACUAAUGGAUAGAUUGGAGAAAGAUACCUAAAAUCACAUUAAAAAGGUUGGGGAACUAGAUUUAAUUAUUAUAGGAUUGGAAAAGAAGGCUCAUGAAUUCAAAACAUUAAGUGAAAAUUAAAAAUUAUAAAUUGAUAAUUUAUAGGCCAUUAUUAAAGAAUUAGAAGGUAAACUUGCCUAAGCAGAUAAAAACCAAGAACAAAGACAUCAAUAAUUGCUUGUUCAAAUAACUGUACAUUUAGAGAAAUUGACCAAAUUAGAGAAUAGAAAUAGCAAACUUGAGUUGGAUGUUUUAGAAUUAGAGAAAAGGAUUUAAGAACUCAUUUUGUAUAAUCAGGAUUACAAAAAUGAAAUUAUCAAACAAGACGAGAAGAUUACAAUUUUAAUUAAGGAAGGAUAGACCAAAGAAUCGGAAAUAUUAAAGCUUAUUCAAGUGAUUGAGAAGUAGAAACUUGAUCUGAUUGAUUAUGAGAAAAUUAUUAGAGAAUUAAAGUAGAGGAUCUAAGAACUUGAGCUCAUUAUUGUUGAAAAGGAUAAGAAAAUUGUUGAGCAAGAGAAGUCAAUUAAAAAGUUAUAAACUUUGCUAGUGUAAUUUAAGACAUUGUCAGAAGAAAUGGCUUCGAUUAAUUGA